UUGUCACUAAAAUUCUAACAAAAUGGGGGGAAUCUCUGAAUUUCUCACAAUUUUUUCCCCAUUUACCAAUCUUUUCGAAUCAAUCCUUGAAAAAAUCCCUAUCAAAUUACCAAUCCCUCUUGAGAAAAUGGUUUCUUAUGUUUCUUAUCCUCGUACUGGUAGGCAUUUACAACGCUAUGAUAACAGAGGCUUUCGUUUAGUUGUUGGGUGUAUACCAUACAGAUACAAGAAACUUGAAGAGGCAAGUUCAAAUGAAGAAGAGAUUGAAGUGCUUGUGAUCAGUGCACAAAAUGGUAAAGGCAUGUUGUUCCCCAAAGGUGGAUGGGAAAAUGACGAAUCCAUGGAAGAUGCUGCCAUUCGUGAGACACUAGAAGAAGCUGGUGUCCUUGGCAUUAUUGAAUGCAAAUUAGGGAAAUGGUCAUACAAAAGCAAGAGGCAAAGUAUCUUCCAUGAAGGCCAUAUGUUUCCUUUGCUUGUGAAGAAAGAAUUAGAUCUAUGGCCUGAGAAAAACAUCCGAGAAAGGAAAUGGGUAACCAUCUCCAAAGCUAGAGAAGAAUGCCCACAUUUGUGGAUGAAAGAAGCUUUAGAAGAGUUAGUCCGCCGCCAUGUGCAGCCGGCAACGGAUGAGAAAUAAAUUGAAACAACUUGCAAAGUGAAGGGGAAAAAAACAAUUUAUAGCAAUCAUGGGAUUCGUUUAGUGUAAAUUCUAAGUACUUGGUCCACCAUUUUUUGGGUUCUUUCUAUUGGUGGCACAAGUAAGAAGAAAAAUAAAGUUGAAGAAAGAUGCAUAAAUGCAUUUGAAGAUUGUAGGCAAAAGAAUC